GUUUCCUUCCCUAACGGAGCGCAGCAAGCAGCAACAGCUCGCAACUUGGAGAUCCUCCGAUUCAAAUGGGUUCUGGUGGAUUUUAGAUGUAUUGUUUUGGCUUUCUCCAUCACUAUGUUCAUUAUUGGAUUUAUCAGUAUUGUUGACUGUGGAUUUCAUACAUGAAGAUACCAUUUUGUUUAAUAGCCCAGAGACAGCGGAUUCAUAACGACUAUAUAACAGAGAGGACUUCUGGUGUAUUUCUGGAUUUCUGCUCUUAGGAGUUGAUGUUUCAUUUGGAGGGAAGCCCGAGCUGUUUGCGCGUGUGUGUCUGUCUGUGUGUGUGUGUGUGUGUGUGUGUGUGUGUGUGUUUAGGUUACUUUGUGAGUGAUUGUAUGAGGAUUCCGCACUUCCAUCCUCAACAGUUAAUGAUGACAGAGAGCAGAGAAGUGUGUUAUUGAGACGCAUAGCGUGGAAACACACACACAGAAACCUGCACGCACACACACACACACACGCGCGCGCACACACACACACACACAGUGCUGUCACACACUGUCUGCGGAUGAGCUCUGUCAUGCAGUCGUUCCUCUCUCCAGUGAACAAGGCAAUUCUAGUAGCUCUGUUCAUCUUCGCCAUCCUCCUCAUCCUCUAUGUGAUCCUCUGGUACAUCUGUAGAGACGUGGAUUGCGACCACGGCAUCUGAUCUGAUUAACACCGGGAACACCACCGAAUAACCUAACGGUGGAGGGUGACCCUCGAACACCACCGAAUAACCUAACGGUGGAGAGAGACCCGUCUGACAGAGGGUCACCCUGAGCUGCCCAGACAACAUGGCAUAGUUGCUAUAGUGACGGGAGACACCAGGGGAAUCUGCUUUGAGACCACAAGACACAUGGCCAGCCUGGGGGCACACAUUAUCAUAGCUGGACAGCAUGAGUGGGAGGGUGUGUCUGCUGUGAAGAGGAUUUGUGAGGAGAACAGAGAGGCCAAAGUGGAGUUUGAGCAGUUGGAUCUGGUGUCUUUGCAGUCGGUCAGGCAAUUCAUCCAGACCUUCAAGAGGCGGGGCCUACUGCUGCACAUCCUAGUCAACAAUGUGUUUUUUUUGUAUCCCCAGAGCCUGUCCCAGGGAGCGUCCAUGGUCCUCUACACUGCUCUGUCUCCAUCUCUGGAGUGGGGGAGAGGAGGCUACUGGAGCAAUGGACGCACAGAUAUAACCUCAACAAACACCUACAACCCCCAGCUCCAGCUCGGCCUCUGGGACUGCAGCUGUAGACUAGUGGGUUUGCAGGAUCAGCACCAACCAUGACCCCAGACCUCUAACCUCUGAGCGCUUACUCCAUGACCCUGACCCCAACACUGUAUGGCUGAGACCCAACACUUCAUCUGUCAUCCUGGCGUUAUCUUUGUUUUCACAAUCUCCUCACCGCCAGAUUGUGAUUGGUUAAAGACUGAUGACCAAGGCUGGACUGUGAUUGGUUAGUGAAGCGGUAAGGCCUGUUGCAAACCAACUUUCUCCCUCUGUUACUGUGAGCCCACACACACACACAAACUGUGUUAGGAGGGUUUAUAGUGCUGUUGUGAGUGUAUGUAGCACUGCUAUGAGUGUUCAAAGUGACCUCUUGAAAAUGUAUAGCAACCUUAUGACUGUUGGUACACAGAUCAGAACUUCCAGAACAGAAAGAACCUUCCCUCCAUGGGAAAACUUUAUUUUAUCAUAAACAAGUGUCAUCAGUGUGUGUGUCUGUACUAGUUAUCAUUGUGUGUGUGUGAUUUUGUCAGUAGCAUCCAGGAGCAUCCUGUGUCUGUGAAACAUAUCCUGAUCCCUGCCUGAGUGGAUGGUCCAGGACCAAGGAACUAGCCAGCAUGGUUGUCCCCUGUAGCUCAGUUGGUAGAGCAUGGCGCUUGCAACGCCAGGGUUGUGGGUUCGUUUCCCA